UGUCAAAUAAAAUUUAUUUUUUUGCUUGUUCAAAAUUCUCGUGUUUUAUUGCAAAAAUGGCGCCGAUUAUGGGGGUUGAAGCUCUUGCGUUUUUGAAAGAGCGGUUUGAGAAAGAUUUAAAACAUUUUCAAGUUUACGAUACGUACACUCCGGACUUUAAUAAGACUUUGCUGACGAGUAAAUUUUAUUCAAAAUAUGAGGGGCAGAAUAGUAAUGAUGUGGCUGACCCGGUGCUCAUGGAAAAAAUCAAAAAAGUCAAAUAUGAUACGCCGAGAGAAAGGCAUCCCUGGCCUUCAACAGAAAACCAAUGUUACGGGUGGUUUCAUGAACCCCUAGUACCCAUCGAAUUUGAUGAUAACAGAUACUAUCACCCCCACAAAUCAUCAGAUUUUAUCAAACAUGAACUACAAUUAAAAAUGGAUGAAUCAGCCUUACCCAAAGUCAAAUUUGCUGGAAUUCCUUUCAAAGUCCAGUGAU